ACUUUGAUAGCUCACGGAGAGCAGGGGGAUACUAUCCACACAUUCCUCCUAGUGUUCUAUUACAUCUUGAGUUGCAUCCAGCUUUUCUCACACCCUCUUGGGCUCCAAUUUCGCCUGCAAACAGACCCCUCGUUUUGGUACUGGAGGAGGCUUUAAAUUCAGCAUCCCGUGGAUCUAAUCAUUACCUAACUGCUCUGCCGCACACAUAGGGAGACUGAGAGAGAGAGAGAGGAAGAAACCUGACCCUUGGGCACAGCCAUGCCUGCACUCCUGUCUUCUCUUCUAAUCUUUGUUUUCCUGAAAAUAUCAGCUACCACUGGUGCUUCUGAAUGGACAUCCUGGUUUAAUGUUGACCAUCCAGAGGGAGAAGGAGAUUAUGAGACUGUGGAAGCUGUUCGUUUCUAUUACCCAGAUCGUCUGUGCUCCAGACCUAUCGCAUUGGAAGCCAGGACAACUGAAUGGAUGGCUCCAGAGGAUACAAUGGAAGUGGUGCAUUCCAGUCCAGAGAAGGGUUUUUGGUGCAGUAACAAAGAGCAAAAGGAUGGGAAUCUCUGCUCCAACUAUCAUGUGAGGUUUAAGUGCCCUCUUGAAGAUUAUUGGUCUCACUGGGAAGCAUGGACACCCUGCACAAGGACCUGUGGAGGGGGAAGAAGGAUUAGACGAAGAGUGUGCACCAGUAAGAAAAAUAACUGCUCUGGACGAACUUACCAGCUUCAAAAAUGUGGAAAGGCACCGUGUAAAGCCUGUGACCUUUUGUGUGCCAAUGGAGAGUCAAAUGCAGCCUGCAGAAGGUGCAAUUGUGACAGCCACACACUAGUUGGAAAGGUACAGAGCAGCCGUGGUUCUGCCCUUCAUGGUGCCAGGGUGUUCCUGAAAUAUGAGCUUCUGGGCACUACAGAUUUACGGGGCAACAUCAGAAUUGCUGGAAUCUGCUCAGAUGACCAUGUCAACGUGACUGUAGUUUUGGAUGGCUACACUUCAGUAACUCUGCAGAAUGUAAAAAAUGGGUCCAGCUCAUCCUAUUUUCUAGCACUUUUAAAGAGAGAAGAAAAGCCAUAUAUGGUACAGCAUCCAUAUUCCAAGAUCCGAAAAGAAGGUCAGAAAGUGACAUUUUGCUGUGAAGCUACUGGGAACCCAAUUCCAACUAAAUAUUACUGGUACCACAAUAGCACGUUACUGGACAAACAGAUAUUUAAAUAUGACAAGGCCUUAACCCUGCGCAAUCUCCAAGCGGUACAGACUGGAACCUACCAGUGCAGAGCAAGUAAUGGAUUGGGAGUCGUUAAAUCUUCUGUAGCUCAGUUAACAAUUGUUGGUAAGCAAGAGAACAGCUGUAGCAAGUCACCCCAAGAACAUCUUAUUAAGCUCCCCGCAGGCUGUUUUCAAACAACAACUCGUUCUCUUUACCACAAUGUUGGCAAGUGUCCCAAUGCGCAGUGUGUGGGAUCAGUGAGCUCUGAAAUUCUCUGCAAGGAUAAAGUAGAUUAUUGCUGUGGGGUAAAGCAAAUGAUGUUACAAGAGGUGCAAUGUCCGGGUUACAUUUUACCAAUUAUGGUUGUGAAGGAAUGUGGCUGUGUCAAGUGUAUACAACCAAAGGUACUUGUGCGAGGAAGGGUGACGGCAUAUGAUACAGGGGAACCACUGCGCUUUGGUCAAAUAUUUGUAAGUGGAGAAAACAUGGGCUUCACUGGGUACAAGGGAGAGUUCACUUUGGAAGUACCUGCUGGAACCAAAAGGUUAGUAGUCACUUUUAUAGACCGUGAAGAUAAGUUUGUUGAAACAAUCAAAGUCUUCCCAUUUGAUCCAAAGGGCAGUACUGUGUAUCAAGAUGUCAAGAUAAUGCGGAAAAGUCAACCAAAGAAUCUAGAUCCUGGAAUUAUAAAUAUUAUUCCUCUUGGAACAGUAGAAGCAGAGGACCCAAUGGCAGAGAUUGUAAUACCACCUUACUCUUUCACCAGAACCAGUGGAGAAGUAUACAACGGCACUGUCAAAGCCAGUGUAACCUUUCUUGAUCCCAGGAAUAUUAGCACUGCUUCGGCAGCUUCAAGUGACCUUAACUUUGUCAACAGAGAUGGAGAGAUUGCCCCACUAAGAACAUAUGGAAUGUUUGCAGUAGACUUCAGGCAAGAAGAUACCAAUGCUAUCCUGCUGGCAGGUAAAGUGGAGGUCCACUUAAAUACAGAGCAAGUUAAGAUGCCACAGCACCUAAAGGAAAUGAAACUGUGGUCUUUAAAUGAAGAGACUGGAAUGUGGGAGGAGGAAAGUCGUUUCCAAGUGGUAAAAGGGGGCCAGAGAAAAAGAAGAGAAGAGAGGUCAUUUCUAAUUGGACAGCUGGAGAUACGUGAGAGACGUCUUUUUAAUUUGGAUGUGCCAGAACAUAGGAGGUGCUUUGUUAAAGUCCGAGCCUACAUGAACGAAAAAUUUAUUCCUAGUGAACAAUUAGAGGGAGUGGUGAUAAACCUUAUUAAUUUAGAGCCAGUGGCAGGAUUUUCAUCUAACCCAAGAGCCUGGGGUCGAUUUGAUAGUGUGAUUACUGGAAAAAAUGGAGCUUGUCUACCUGCAUUUUGUGAUGCUCAGAGACCAGAUGCCUACACUGCCUAUGUAACAGCUAUUAUGGGAGGAGAAGAGUUAGAAGCUGCUCCAUCCUCCCCUAAGCUGAAUCCCAAUGUAGUUGGAGUAUCACAACCCUACCUGUCCAAGUUAGGUUAUCAAAGAUCUGAUCAUGAAGACACAGCAGGAAAAAAGACUGCCUUUAAACUUAAUCUUGCUAAGCCAAACCCAAACAAUUUAGAUGAAACAAGUGGGCCAAUCUAUGCAUAUCGUAACCUGCGUGGGUGUGAAGGAGCACCGGUCUCAGACAACCAUUUCCGAUUUUACAGGGUGGAAGAAGACAAAUACGAGUUUAAUGUAGUUCCAUUUGUAGAGACAGAUUUAACCUCAUGGAUUGGUGGAUAUUUGUCCUGGUGGCCAAAUCCCCAAGAAUUUCGAGCCUGUUACAUAAAAAUAAGGAUUCAGGGAACGCAAGAAUAUAUGAUUCGGUCCAGAAAUGCUGGAGGUAGCCAUCCGAGAACUACUGGUCAACUCUAUGGGCUGAGGGACAUCAGAAGUGUUAGGGAUUUGCAUGUAGACAGAAGUUCAGCAGCCUGUGUUGAAUUCAAGUGCAGUGGUAUGCUGUAUGACCAAAGUGUAGUUGAUCGUACACAUGUUGUCAUCAAUCCACAAGGCAGCUGCAGAAUUAUAGAAAUCAACAGACUCCUAAAAGAGUAUCUUGCACGGCAUCCUCCAGUAGUUUUAGGAAAUGACACUGGUACAUUUAAUAUGUUAGCUCCUGUAGACCCACUAGGGCAUAAUUAUGGCAUCUACACAGUCACUGAUCAAAAUCCAAAGUUGGCAAAAGAAAUUGCAAUUGGACGUUGUUUUGAUGGCACCUCUGAUGGCUUCUCAAGAGAAAUGAAGUCUACGGCUGGUGUGGCGCUAACAUUCCGGUGUCAGGAGAAGCCAGUUACACAUGAAAGCUUUUUCCAGCGCUUGCUUAAUAACCCUGGUGAAACACUCCGUGAAAUCCGUCGUGGUAUGUUGGAAAAUGAACAAAAUGAAAACUUGCCUCAAGUUGUUCCUUAUCCUGCUACUGGACGUACUACCAGCCGAACCAGACGACCCAUAGCCAAUCAGAGAAGGCCUGGGCAAGUAAGGAGGAAUUGAGACUUAGAUAAAGAAAAAACAUGUCUAUUUUUUUCUAUUAGAUGAAGAGUAAGAAAGUGACCACACAAAGAACAAAUGACUAUAAUUAUCAAAACUACACGAAAUAAGCCCUGUGAGGCUAGAAUCUUGUGUUAGAAAGUGUAGAAAUACACACUGUGCAGAAAUGUUUUAAUGCAAAGAUUUUAUUUAAAUGGAUAUCAGAUGAAAGAACUUAGAUGAAGGCUUAGCAGUGUUUCAUAUUGGCUGAUAAAAUGGUAAGCAGUUUUACAAAAUAUAUCCAUUUUUUUAAGAUCUGGCAACAUUUAGAAGUAGCAUUCAACCAAAGAUGUGUGUGUUAGCCUCACAAUGUAAAGUUAUAAAGAAAGACUGUGAUUCAGGAUAAUAUAUACUUUUAGGUGUGGAAGACAUGGCAAGACAAAAUUAUACAAGUACACUGCUCUAUUGGCAGAUAGAGUUGUUUGACCUAAUAUUUUCUAAUGUCACAACCGUUGUGUUGUGUUACCCAUGACCAGGGUGCAUUUUCUCCACAAAUGUGAUUCACUUUCUCCCAGGGAAGAUUUUAUAGUGGACACUGUAAAGUAUUCCUUUUUUUCCCCAAAUCUAACCCAUGUGUUGACUGGCAGAUUAGAGCAGAUUGUGUUCUCUCCACUGGCAUAUGUACACCAGCACAGAAAAAAACAGUAUGUGCCCUUACUUGCAAAAUGGCCUGCUGAUCUCCAUGUAUGAUGAAAGCCAGGCCACAGAUGAAUUGUGCAAAAAAAGAGUUCUCAACAAAUGCUUCCUAUAUAAAGGUCUAUGGGAUCCCAUGGUAUCACUGAGAAGCAAAGACCGUAACCCAAGCAGUUUUUGUGUUUUUUAAUGUCAUAUAACCAUAAACAAAGUAUACAAUAAAAACGUACAUAUAUAAGAACAUGGCAAUUAGUAUUGGGUGCAGACUCACAUAAUAAUGAAUGUUAUUAAGUUCAGGGUUGUUUUUUGCAGACAAUAUUCAAAGGUCAUAGUUGGCCAUUUCCAGAUAAAUUGGGUGACCAUCACAGAUUAAGAAGAGCUGCUCUACUAAGGGGCAGAUUUAUUAAAGAGAAUGUAAAGGCAAAAAAACAAAACCCCAUUUUUACUUUCUUUCAAAAAGAAAGUAAUCUCCAAAAGUAUCUCCAAUAUACUUUAAUUAAAAAAUGUCUACCUGACUAUAUGCAGUAAAAUUCGCCCUUCAUUUACUUGCU